AUGCCUUGUAAACGCUGGGGACAGGACGACCGAAACAACCACGCCACCGCCGGCGGCGGCAGCCGGGGAAAGAGGUCGUGGUGGAAUCGGCAGCACCUCUAUCUGGUAUUGGAUGACUGGGACAAGGGAUUCAGCCUCCACAAGGUCGACGCCGACAGCUUCGAUUCCUGCUCCGGCUCUGACGACGAUGACCACCUGGGUCAGGGUGUGGUUGCUCGGCACCUCCCAGAACCUCCGGCCCUGCAGGUCGAGUCACCAUCUGGCCGUAACCAGGCCGAUACCGGCAUGACGUUCUCGGCCAUGGGCACAAAGAUCUUCGUCUUCAUGAACCGGCGCUGCGGCCUCGUCUACGACACCGACACGGCCGUGCUGGCCGUCGGCGCGCACGCCCCUGCCAAGAUGGUCUGUGGCUUCGGCAUCUCCGUUCCCGUCGGCGACGUGCUCUAUCUAUUAACAUACCGAUACUUCGACAAGCACGGGCACCACUCGUUCGAGGCAAUGUCGUGGGCGCCCACCGGAACCGCCCCCGACGACGCCGGCAGCUGGUCCUGGAACACUCUGCCGGCGCCGCCGCCCACGUUCACACCCGCCAGCGCGUCGUCUCCCACGCCCUGCACCCGGACGGCCGCACCAUCUUCAUGA